CUGCAGGUUCUAUUUUUUGAAAGAAGAAUUUAACAAAGAAUUGCUCGUACACAGAUGGUUCUGUACUGAAACUACGGAGGCGAUUGACGCACUUGUCGCGAAUAGUCACUGUCACGCGACACUCACGUGAAAGUCAAACUAGGGGUUUCAGGGGUCAUCCAAGUUUAAUUUUUCCUUUAGUCGCCACUUUGUUGCAACAGCCACAAAGUUCACAUCAUUAUCUUUCUUUCCAACGAUCAUGUCGCUAUCAAAGUCUACUCCGCGACCUGGCCCGCUUUGUGAAUGGUCUCUCGACCGUUUUCUACCUUCGAGUUCCAACUCGACACAGGGCAAGCUCAGUAGCAACAGUCGUCCUAACAAAAGACCGCUUUCUCCUGGUGGUCCAAGCCUUUUCAGCCCGACUAAGAAGCGCAUCCUUACACAAGAAGGCAUCUUCUAUCCUGAAAAGACGAUGAAAAGUCCUUUCCGAGGACGGAGCACCCCUGGAGGUAGUUUUAGUGAUCUGCUACGAGCCCCUGAUAGUCCUGCGAAAAAGUUGGAAUUUGGAAGCGCAAAGCCUGCUCAUCAGCCGCUGUAUAUCUCCGACAGCUGCGAAGUCACUUCUUUUUCCAGCCUUCCGCGGCCCUCGACCCCAGUCAAGGCUACUCUCAACAGCCGCUCCUUGGCUUCCUCCCUUGAUCUUGUGCCAAAGACGAACCCAAAAUCAACGCCGCGUCAUGGUUUCGACGACGAUGACUUCUUCUCUACGCCGGAGAGGCUUCCCCUUUCACUCGCACGUCCUCCGCCCCUGGCUCCAUUCACGUUGCUUUCUCGUGAGCUUCCGCCUCCUUCAGAUCCACAAUCGAUCCAUUAUCCCGGCUUCGUGGUGCAUCGGGAUGCACAUGUUACUGUGCUAAACCCCACAGCUGUGGAAUCUCUCAUGAAAGAUUGUAAGGAGCGUGACGAAUGGAAGGAGAACCUCGCCCCCAGGAAGAAGAUGAAGAAAGUCGUCAUUGAUUCAGUUGACAGUAAACCAAUGUUGAUGACCCCAGAGGCGAAGAAACUUGAAAUGGAACAGCUAAUCAAGGCCAAGUCGACGCCUGCUACACCUCGGAAGACCGCAGCAAAGGAAUGGCAGGAAGACACUAGUCCCACACCUCGUCGCACCGGUUUACGCUUCCAGGCUGGUACGCCAGCGAUUUCAGAGGAGGAGAAAAGACAGAGACGGCGGAUGCUGAAGGAUGAGGUUGAAGCUGAUAGGAUGGAUGAGGACAUGUAAGGGGAGCGGCUUUGAAUUUUCUCAAGGCUAUCGUACUCGGGGUCAAAUAGUCGAGCAAAGUGUCGACGUAUUAAUCUCAUCCCUGGAUCCCACCUAUCUACUCGCCGACUAUCUAUGUUCUUUUCAUUUCUACUUUUUCUACCCUUCCUACAAUGUAUCUGAGUGCAUCUGUCUCUGUGAAUAUUCGCGCUAUUUCCACUUUACAUGACUGCAUAACUAUAUAGUGCGACCUGUACUUAUUCUUGAUUUAACCAGCCUAGCUAUUCAUCUUGAUUACUGAGUACUGAAUACGGCAACGGAGAGAAUAUUUUGAUCUCAGUGGACCAC